ACGACAGCAGAGACAUCCCGGUGCCUGGGCACCGGCUCUUCCCCUUCAGCACCCCAGGCUGAGUCCCGGCAGCUGCCCUUGGCAUCUCCUGCCUGUCCCACGGGCAGCGGUGGGACACACUCCUGUGCCUGGGUGGCCCGAUCCCAGUCUCCAGCGUCCUCCUCCGCGGGAACAGCCGGGGAUAUUAAGUGUCAUCGCUUCAGGGAGAAAUGCAAGCGGAGGAAUCCCGGGAAACUGGUUUUACCCCUCCAUCUGGUGCCGGCGGCAGGCCGGCGGCAGCGGCUGGUGCUCCUCCCUCGGCAAAGGCAUAUAACACCUGCCAUGGUCCCAGCAGCCGGCACUGCGCUGCGGGAGGCAGGCAGGGGUGCAGGCAGCGAGCGAUGGCCUCCAUGGGGCUGCAGGUGCUGGGCAUUGCCCUCUCUGUCAUCGGCUGGUUGGCUUCCAUCCUCUGCUGCGCCCUGCCCAUGUGGCGGGAGACGGCCUUCGUGGGCAACAACAUCGUGGUGGCCCAGAUCAUCUGGGAAGGGCUGUGGAUGAACUGCGUGGUGCAGAGCACGGGGCAGAUGCAGUGCAGGCUCUACGACUCGAUGCUGGCCCUGCCGCAGGACCUGCAAGCCGCCCGCGCCAUGGUGGUGGUGGCCAUCGUCCUGGCCGUCCUGGGCACCCUGCUCGCCGUCGCCGGUGGCAAGUGCACCAACUGCGUGGAGGACGACACUGCCAAAGCCAAGGUCAUGAUUCUCUCCGGCGUCAUCUUUAUCAUCUCUGGCAUCCUCAUCCUCAUCCCCAUCUCGUGGUCGGCCAACACCAUCAUCCAGGACUUCUACAACCCGCUGGUUACCGACUCCCAGAAGCGGGACCUGGGAUCGUCCCUCUACGUGGGCUGGGCAGCCUCCGCGCUCCUGCUGCUGGGGGGGGGGAUCCUCUGCUGCACCUGCCCCCCCCGGGGCGAGAAGCCCUACUCCGCCAAGUUCACGGCUGCUCGCUCGCUGCCAGCCAGCAACUAUGUCUAGGAGCCGCCGCGCCUGCCUGGACCCCCUGAGCCUCACCAGGGAGCUGGGACCUCCCAGGGCACCCCUGGCCCACAGACCCCCCCUGGCUGGGCCAGGGGCUGGCUGGGAGCCGGGGCAGGGAGGGCUGGGCGCCGGGGUGGUGCGAGGGAGGGCAGACAGAGCUGCCUUUGUUCACCGGGGGAUUGAAGCUGGUUCUUUAAUCUCCGUUGAGAUGGGGAACAGGGAGAUCCUGUCCUGGCUGCUCUCCCCUACGGAAGGGGUCCCGCUCCCCCAUGAGCACCCAACCAUGGCGUCUUCUCCGAAAAACCACCCGAUCCCUCCCUGGAGCAUCUCCUGGCUCCCGGUAUCGGGGUGUGCCGUGUGGUGACGCAGCUUCUAGUGCUCUCGGGGGCCCGUCCUGCGGGUUGCACAGGGCUCUUGCCGUGUAACCUGCCCCCCCCCCCCCCCCCCCCCCGCCCCAGGACGUGCCCAUCAAGGGUGGGCAGCGGUGACGGUGGGCUCACCAAUCCUGUCCCACGCAGUCACGGGGAUGCGAUGGCUCUGCAAACCCUGGCAGGGUCUCAAGGGGUGGCAGAGGCUCUCGUCUGCCUGUACCCUAAAUUUUGGCUUUGACCUACUUUUGGGGCUCAGAGCGGCUGUACAGACGUGUGAUUUCUCGCGGCAGCUCCCCGGGGCGGGGGCAUCAUUAUCCUGGGAGUAGGAAAGCAGCAGCCGGGCUGGGAGAACCGGUCGGGGAGGCAGGAGUGGAGCUGGGCUGUGCACUCACACAGAAGGGGUAACUCCCAGACCCGACCCCAUCCCGUGGGGUGCACCCAGCCCCAUGGCCCCCCUCAGCAUCCCCCUGAGUGGCAUACCCGGGCUGGGGACAGGAGGGGGUGGCUCGCGGUCCCCCACACCAGCUGUGCCGCCGUCUCUCCCCGUGUCGCAGCCUUCCAACAUUAAAUGGCAGCUGCUCAGA